GGAGAGAGAAAUGCAGCGGAGAAAGCUAACUCAGUCAUCCCUCUGCAAUUCUAGGGUUUCGUCUGUCCUCCUCCUCUUCCCUCCUCGCUUCCUUAGCUCUUAGGGUUCUUACCCGAAUUAGGGCCGUAAAGAUCUUUCUUUGAUCCCGUUUCUCUCCAAAUUAGGGCUGUAAAAGAAAGCCUUUCUUUCGUCUGGGAGAAGAAAUUCUCUUAUUUCUGCUUUUAGCUUGAUUUCUUUUUACCUUUUGGGCGUUAAGUUCUCCUCUUCUCGGUUGUUUGAACCUCGUUUGGGGAUUUGGGUUUCUGGCUUCCGAUCGGAGGACCAGGAGACCUUGCUAGGGUUUAGGCUUUGUGAGGUUUGAUGAACGAGGAGGCUUCCUGAUGUUUACCCCGCAGAAUAAAGGGUGGUCGCUCUCGCCGAGGAUUCGCGGCGGAGCCGACGAUGGCUCGGGUUCAACGGCCAACCCUCGAGGAGGUCUCGGUGGACUGGCCUCCACCAAGGGGAAGGGGAAGAGCGUGGUAGAGGCAGCACCGCCACCACAGGCUUUGCUUGGUGACGAUGGCGAGGAUGCCUUCGGUGGCAGCACGGAGGUGGAGGCUUGGCGGCGGUUUCGCGAGGCUGGAUUGCUGGACCAGUCUGUUCUGCAGAGAAAAGACAGGGAAGCUCUUGUUCAGAGGAUUACAGAGCUCGAGAAAGAGCUUCAUGAAUAUCAAUACAAUAUGGGUCUUUUACUGAUUGAGAAGAAGGAGUCAAUUGCUAGGUAUGAAGAAGUUAGGCAAGCUUUGGCAGAGGCAGAGGAGAUUCUGAAGAGGGAACAAACUGCACAUUUGAUUGCGAUCUCUGAAUAUGAAAAGCGUGAGGAGACCUGGCUGAAGGAUUUGGGGGUUGAGAAGCAAAAAGUUUCAGCUCUUGAAAAGGAUUUGCGUGAGGUGCGCUUCGAAAUUUCAGAAGUCAAGUUUUCAUCCGAAAGGAAGUUGAGUGAAGCUCAUGCUUUAGAGACUGGUUUAGAAGAGAAAUAUCUGGAAAUUGAAGCCAGGAUGCAUGCAGCAGAUGCUAAGCUAGCAGAAGCAGGUCGCAGAAAUUCUGAGACAAAUAGAAAAUUGGAGGAUAUUGAGGCACACGAGAGGAAACUCCAGAGAGAUUGUCUGUCAUUAACAUCUGAACGAAAAGCACAUGAAAAGGACCUUCUUGAACAAAGAGAACAUUUGUUUGAUUGGGAGAAAAGGCUGCAAGAGAGUCAAAGGAGGCUUGUUGAGGAGCAGAGGCUCCUCAAUGAAAGAGAAGAUAGUGCAAAUGAGGCAGAUCACAUUCUUAAAAAGAAAGAGACAGAGCUUGAAGAGACACGGGAAGCAAUCGAGGCUUCUAAGAGAUCCUUGAAAUUAGAAGAGGAUGAUAUCACCAUAAGACUAAGUUCAUUAGCUUCUAAAGAGAAGGAAGCAGAAAUCAAGAUGGGGAGUCUCGAGAGGAAGGAGAGGGAGUUAUUUGCAAGAGAAGAAAAACUUAAUUCUAGAGAAAGAGUGGAGAUUCAAAAGCUUCUUGAUGAUCAUAAUGCUAUGUUAGAUUCCAAGAAACAUGAGUUUGAACUUGAAAUGGAGAAUCAAAGAAAAUCCUUUGAAGAAGAGAUGAAAGCCAAAAUUGAUGAAGUGGAAGAGAUUAAAAAAGAACUUGACCAUAAAGAGGAGCAAAUUUUGGAAAGAGAGCAUGCUUUGGAGAUUAACAUGCAGAAACUGAAGGAAAUGGAAAAAAAUCUUGAAUCAAAAUCACAAGCCUUGAAAAGGUGGGAGGAAUCUGUACAAAUUUAUGAGAAGAAGUUGGAGGAAGAUAAGCAGCAGCUGGACAGAGAUCGUGCGGACAUUGUGAAAUCUAUUUCUGAACUGGAGAGCUUGAAGGUUACAAUAGAAGCUGCGAAGGAACAAAUUAUCAAAGAGGAGGAAAAACUUAGACUUACCAAGGAAGAGAGAGAAGAACAUAACCUGCAGAAGUCAAAACUGAAGCAAGAGAUUGAAGAUUACAUGAUAAUGAAGGAUUCACUUUGUAGAGAUAGUGAGGAUUUGCGCCAGCAAAGGGAGAAAUUUGAGGAAGAAUGGCAAUUGUUGGAUGAGAAACAGUUAGCAUUAGAGUUAGAGACAAAGCAGAUUAAUGAUGAACGAGUAAGAUUUGGAAAAUGGCAAUAUGAUGAAGAGGAAAGGAUUAGGAAUGAGGAAAAGGCAAAAAGAAUUAGCAUUGCGACAGAAUUGGAAGACCUUAGGAUGAAGAAACAAGCUUUUGAGAAAACAAUGGAACAUGAGAGGUUGAAUGUUCAUGAGAUGCUCACGAGGGAGCGCUCUGCUGUGGCUCGGGAAUUUGAGCUUCGCAAAGAUGAGCUGGAGAUGGAUAUGAGAAAAAGGCAGGAGGCUAUGGAGAAGGACUUGCAAGACAGAGAGAGUGAAUUCCAGAGAAAGAUGACUAUCGAGCUAGAUGAAAUAAGAUCUGUAAGCAGUGAUUUUGAAUUAAAAUCCAGGAAUUUAGAAAUGGAACAAGAUAGAUUAGAGAGGGAAAAAGAAGAUCUCUCUGCUUUCAGAGAGAGUCUUAAAACUGACCAACUUGAGAUUCAGAAGGAUAUUGACACUCUUCGUGUGCUCAGUAGGGAAUUGAAGGAUCAAAGGGAAAAAUUUGUGGAGGAGAGAGAUCGAUUCCUUGGUCUGGCCAAUCAGUUUAAGAUUUGCAAGAACUGUGGCUCUUCGGUUUGUAACUUAGAUCUUCUUGGUCUGCAAAAUACUGAUGUUGUUCAGCUACCAAGUCUGACAUUCGAGGAUCGUUUGGAAGCCAAGGAUUCUGAAACAUCUCCUCGGCAUAUGGUGUCUCCAUCUGUGUCUUCAGGUGGUCGUUUAUCGUGGCUGCGAAAAUGUUCAGGAUUUUUUAGUUUCUCUCCAAAAGGAUCGGAGGACACAGCACAAAACCAGGUGAAGAACCCUAUUUCUCUUGAUGUAAGACUUGCUAGAGAAGCUUUGGAUGGUGAAGCCAGCGAUGAACCUGCACCGUCACAAGGAAUUUUUGCCAAAUCUUUUGACACCCAGAGAACCCAAUCAGAUAGUGGAAUCAGGGACAACGAAGUAUCAAAAAGGUUAGGCAGAGCUAGAGAGGAGCUGGAAUCUUCUUUUGGUGUUGCUGAUAAUUCAGCUGAUAUUGUUGGGAUCCAGACAGAUAAUGCCAUCAAGGAGGUAGCUGUUCAUCUUACUCACCCCAUUAAUGAAAAUGAGAGAGGAGGAUUGUCUGUACCACCCAGAAAUGAGUCCCAGCCUGAACCUUCAAAUGAGAAGCCACGCCAGCCUAAGAGGAGUGGUAGGCCUAGAAAGAUCAGUAGAACACGCACGGUGAAAGCAGUUGUAGAAGAAGCACAGGCUAUUCUUGGUGAGACCUCUAUGGGGAAGAAUGGGCAGCCAAAUGGGCUUGCAAAGCGUUCUUUGAAUAUCCAAGAGUCUACCGAAGGCAAUUUAGUUCAUGCUGGGCAGAAGAGGGGUCUUACUCACAUAUCUGUGGCUGCAGCUAGUGAGCUGGAUGGGGAGGACAGUGAAACUCGUUCAGAGAGCAUUUCACUUGGAGGGCGCCGUAAAAGGAGACAAAUAAACAUUCCAGAAACUCAGACUCCUGGGGAAAAACGUUACAAUUUCAGGCACUCUACAAUUGCUGCUGCAGCCAGGUCAAUAUCUGAUCAGACUAAAGGGCAUAAAAGAGGAGGUCACCAGCAACCCUCUGGAGAUGAAUCACUGAGGGGAGAUGGUGAUGGAGAAGGAACUUCCAAAUUGAGGCUAGAUGUUGAACCGGCGUCAAGUUUUGCUGCUGAGAGUCUGAAAUCAGUAGACAUGCAGAAGAUGGCUGCAGAAAAUGUCUUGGACGUCCAGGAGAUAUUCCAGAAACCUGUCUCGCACGAGAUAGAGGAGUGCCAUGCUGAUGAUGCUGGGAAGUCGGUUGAAUUCAGCAAGCAGACUGGCAUAGAAGGGGUCAUGGCAGAUGGGGCAACAGCAGUAGAAAGAGAACCUGCCACUCCUGAUGAUGGAUGCAGUGAAGAUGAUGACAGCGACGAGGCUGAAGAGAACUCUGAUGACCAAAAUGGUUCAAUUGGGAAAAAGCUUUGGACUUUCUUCACGACAUGAUAAGUGCAUAGGACAGAAGUCCAGACUAACCCCCCUCAAAACAAAAAAAAGAAAAAAGAAAAAAAUUUGUAGGUCCUGCUUCUCUUGUAGCUACACUACUUUGUCAGUUGAGCUUUCUUUAAGCUGCUUUGAUGGGUCGGGUACUAGUCAUGUAGGUUUCGUGUAUCAUUGUUCCUUAUUGCUAUUUGUUGUCUGUAGUAAUUGGUGAUGCUCCAUAGCAACCAACUUGUGUGUAUCAACAGUGGAUGUAUUCAAGCUUCCACCUUCAGAACAUGGUUCUUCUGCCCAAGUCAGAUUGCUACCA